AUGGCGGCUUCGCUGCGAUACUCGGUGCAUCAGUACGGCGCCCACGAGCUCCAGCGCGUGGGCGUGUGGGACGUCGACAUCGCCGCCGAGGCGAAAUACUGGAUCGUGUACAUCCACGGGGGCGCGUGGCGGGAUCCGCGGGUGACGCACGAGACGUUUGCGCCGAUCAUCACGGGGGUGCUGGAGGAGACGGGUCGCGCUGACGCCGCGCCGCCGCCGCCCGUCGCCGCCUUCGCGUCGCUCGACUACCGGCUGAGCCCGCACCCGGGGUUCCCGCAGGACGCGGCGACGACGCCGGCGGCGCGGCUGCGCGCCGCGCGGCACCCGGACCACCUGGACGACGCGCGGGCCGCGCUGGCCUUCCUGCAGCGGCGCUUCGGCUUCGGCGCGCGCUACGUGCUCGCGGGGCACUCGGCGGGCGCGUGCCUCGCGUACCAGGCGCUGCUCUGGCCGUCGGCGGCGGCCGCCGCCGCCGCGCCGCUCGCGCCGCCGCGCGCCGUGCUCGGCCUCGAGGGCAUCUACGACCUGCGCGGCGCCGACGCGCGCGCCGCCGGCGCCUACGCCGAGUUCCUGGCCGCGGCCUUCGGCCCGCGCGGCCCCGCCUGGGACGCGGCGUCGCCGGCGCUCGCCCGCGGCGCCAGCCCCUACGGCGGCGUGCCCGGGCUCGCGCUCGCCGCCCUCGGCCACUCCCCCGACGACGAGCUCGUCGACGCCGCCGAGACCGCCGCCAUGGCCGCGCGCCUGCGCGCCGACGGCGUCGUCGAGGACGCUACCGCCGCUGCCGACCGCCCCCGCUUGCUGCUCGUCGACGGCCUGCGCGGCUCCCACGACCACGUCUGGCAGGACGGCGCCGCCGUCGCCCGCGCCCUGCUCCGCAUCCUGGCGCUCUUGGAGGCGCGGGACCGCGCUGCUGCUGCUGGAACGACGGGAUCGCCGUAGAAGGGGGGAGGGAGGGAGAUGGAGGGAGGAUACGUGGGGGUGAAGACGCGCUUAGGGGAUGGAUGCGUAGCAGCAUGUACACGCAGUUAUGCGGCAAUUGCCAACAGGCCGUGGUGGGCAAGCAACCGAAUUCAUUCAGCAGCACCCAGCUCCGUCGGUGCGUAUACGGGGACCUUGCUCUUAGCCAAGAUUCUAUGCCUCCACGUUCCGGCCAGACCGCUCUCGCUCCUCUGGAUCUGUUUGUUUUACGUAGAUUGUAUGUCUGCGGCUUAGUAGCCCUUGCGGCAUCUCGUUCGAGGUGACAUCGCCCCCCUCUGGCCGUGCGAUUCCUUCUCCCCCCGGUCUAUCUAUCCGGUUCUAGUUCCCGCGGGAUUUACCUAUGUACCUGGACCUAGUCUAUCCUAGUUAGGGCGCUAUAUAAGGCCGAUGCUAUACGAAAGGGUUGUUGAGUCAUGAGGCGUCUAGACUACGUUUUAUAUGCCUUGUUUUGUCUCUCGAAUAUCGUUAAGACUAUCCCCAGGACCUAGCAGAAGGAUGGAUGGGGGGCUCGGGGGGAGGCUAGAAGAAGGCAUCGGCAUCAGCGUUAACCGCUUCCUAGCCCAUUUUAGUCUAGAUGUAGGGACAGAUAAAAG